AUGAAAGUCAUGGAAAACCUCUACCAUGAGGAUGUCGUAAUUUUUUUCUCCAUUGAAAUGUUGGAGGGGAUACUGGAGCUUUUUAAGCACGCGGAUCAGUUCAAGGGGGGAGGACACAAAAUUAUGUCUUUGGGGAAUUUGGAGUUUGUUUUUAGUUCGGACGAGUGCUUGGUGAGGGAACAGAGGGGGGACACGCCGUCAUCUGAGAAGACGCCGCCAAGUGGGAACACGUCGCCAAGUGGGGAAGAGCAGAAAAGGCGUUGCACCCCCCUGUUCAACAACAAAAACGUGAAUGACGAACAGGAGCUUAUCGCAGAGGAGAUAGCCAAGUGCCUGUACGGAGAGGGGAAUCAUGCCCAAGGUGAACACAAGCGCAAACUGGUCACAGCCCUAGUUAUACAAGCCAUCCUGUUUGCUAACAGAAUAGGGUUGGAUGUGUACAAGCUGAAUUUAUUUCUCUCCAUCAUUCUUAUGACCAUGCAUAAAAUAAGAGACAAUUUAAAAGAAAAAAAAGGAAGAAAAAAAAAAACUAUAAAUUAUUUUUUCCAUUUGAUGAACAAAAAUGUACAUUAUGGUUUGGUGGAGGACCCAAUAGGGGAAAGAGAUUUGAAGAGGGACGUUCCUCAACAGGGGGCAUGUACUUACGUCGAGGGUGAGUCACACUCCUUGAAUGGGCAGCAUUUCGUGAAGCCCUCCAACCGGGUUGGAAGCAAAGAGGGGGAAGAUACUACGUCAACCACACAGCCCAUCAGCGUGAAUAUAAAACAGAAAGCAGCGGAGGACGAAGAGGACGCGCACGACGCGAAUGGAAUGAGUGUCAGUGAGACAGGAAAAAAACAAACGGAAGACCCACUUAUUCCCCUCGAGGAAGAUGGACACAGACAAGUCUGCGAACGAUUUAUCCUCUUCCACUUUGAAGAAGCAAAGAACAUAAUGAAAUAUACUUUUGAACAUAUUUUUUGCAUUUACAAUAUUAUUGAAUAUCUUUUUUUGUUCUCCCCUGAGUUUGUACAUGUGGCUUAUGGAGGUGGUUUUUCCCCAGCGUCUCCACCCAAGUGCUUAUUCACAUCCGAUGGUCUGAAGCUUGGUGAAGCAGCCAAUAUGAAUGAUGAGAACAUGGUGGACCACUUUGACGGGACUGAAGACGAGGAACUUGCAACGAAUAUUUACAUAAAGGAGGCCCUGGAUGUACCCCUCUUCGUUUUGAAUAAAUUCUACUCAAAUGUGGACCAGCUGGGGCGUAAGAUGGACCAACUCCUUGUGUGA